CAUUUUAUAACCUACCCGCCGAGUAUUUUCCAAGCGCCCAUCACCGAAUAACACACUAUGUAAGUAAUAAAUAUUAUUUAUUUGUAAGUGAACAAAUUCCCUCCCAAUUCGGCACACAUUUGAAGACGAGUUCUAAAUUCUUUAUAAGAAGUACGAAUUUCCGCCAGUAGUAGAGAUUCUAUCGCUUUUAUUAUUCUUAGUUUUAAUAGUGCAUCAUCUUGUAAUGGUUCACUGUAAACAAUUUGUUUCAAUCGUCCCCAAAAAUAAAAAUCCAUAAUUGUAAGAUCAGGACUACGUGCUGGCCAUCAAAUAGGACCAUUUCGUUCAAUCCAUUUUUGACGAAAUAGUAAAUUUAACCAUUUGGCACAAUGUGUGAAUGGUAAGCUGGGCAACUGUCUUGCUGAAAGUACAUUGACCGUAUACAAUUUAAGGGUAAUUGGAUUUAAUCGCUCCAAUAAUGAGCUGGGAAGAAACAAUGUCAUUUGUUGAAAAGCUAUCUGAAAAGCAGCGUCUUCCUCAUUUAGUCUCUUUGUCUGUCUCUUUAUGGCUAAUACAGAACCCUUAACCAAAUUUAUUUUCAUCAGUUUGCGAGCCCCACAUGAGAUUCUUGUGUCCGAAUAUUUUUGCUGGAAUUUUUGUAUAACUACACGAAAACAUGAUUCACUAGUACCAUAGCACAGUACUAAAUAAAUUCUCUCUUUCACGGUUAACAUCGCAUGAAAAGGCUUAAUCUCACCAACAUAAGUUGUAAGUUUUAUGGCUUCUAUGGUUACAUAUCGCUCCCAAUAUAUGCUCUAAAACAGAAACCGCUACCGAUGAAAAUCCUAUUAAUGAGAAUGAAUCAUUUAACGCUGAAGCCCAAAGUCAGAGCUUUUCUCUUGUUGAAAUUUCCAAUUCUUCUUCUAUAAGUAAGGCUUCAAACGAACAUUACGUGGCCGAAAGGAAAAGUACCUCAAAAUUGAUGUUAAGGAAAAUAAACCAGAGUUACAAGGUAUACUGCGAUUCUGAAGACGAACCAUUUUCUGCAGGAUCAGGUGAUGAUUACAACCCUAAUGAUGGUAAUAAUAGUGAUUCGUGUUCUUCAAGUGAAAGAUCAAUAAAUCUCGAAAAUAUUGAUAAGAAUAAUGCUGAUGAUAAUGAAGAAGAAUCUAUGUAUUCCCCAGUCAAGGAAGAAAAAAGAAGAAUUAAAAAUGUGAACAAUUGGAAACAAGUGAAAGCAAAACGUUUCAGAAACUCAGGUCAACAAUACACUUCUUUAAAAACUGGAAAAAUUGUCAAAGCUAAGUCCAUGAAACCUGCUUGCUCCGAUAAAUGCAUUCGUUCUUGUUCACAAAACAUCUCUGAGGAUUGUAGAAAUCAACUGUUUAAAAAAUACUGGGACUUAGGAAACUUGCAACGCCAGCGAGAUUUUCUUGGCUCAUGUAUCGAAAAACUGAUCAGAGUAUGUAAGACGUUUUUGACGAACACUUUUGGGAUUUCGGAAAAAUUGAUUAGAACUGUGAUUAAAUCAAAAGUAUCUGAGCAGGGAUUUAUACCAGAAGAUCGGGGAGGAAAGCAUGGAAAUCAUAAGAGAAUUGACGAAGAGGUAGUGAAAUCAGUAUUCGAUCACAUAAAUUCUAUACCACGCAUUGAGAGCCACUACGUCCGUAAAGAUGCAACUAGAGAAUUCAUAGACGGUGGAUUAACAAUUGCGGAAAUGCACAGGAAUUAUUGUGAGAAAAAAUCUGCUUCGAAUCAACCAUCAGUGUCAUACGAUUAUUAUUACUAUCUUCAACACAAAAUUCAAUAUCGGAUUCUUCGUUCUGAAAAAAGAUCAAUGCGAUCUUUGUGAAAGUUAUAAAAAUACACCAGACAAUGAGAAAAUGGAACUGAAACAAAAGUAUGAAGAACACUUAGAAGAAAAGGAGCUUAGUCGAAAAGAGAAAGAAAGUGACAAAAGAAGAACACAAGAUGACGAAAUUACAUUGGCUGUUUAUGAUUUACAGGCAGUGUUGCCUGUACCUGUAGGACAAUCAUCAGCAUUCUUCUAUAAAUCUAGAUUAAAUUGCUAUAAUUUCACGGUAAGUUAUAAUUAUUUUCCUGAAUUAGUUGUUCAUAAUAUUAUUUUUUUUGUUAGAUAACGGAAUUAGCCAAAGAUACAACAAAGGCAUUCUUUUGGCAUGAAGUAUUUGGAAAUAAAGGAGCGAUAGAAAUAGAAACCUGCACUUUAAUGUAUUUGGAAGAACUAUCAAAAAGCCACCCAGGAUCGGAUGUAGUGUUUUUUUCAGAUAACUGCAUGAGGCAACAAAAGAAUAGAUUUCUUAUUGCAACCUAUAUCUACGUAGUAGAAAAGUUUCAAAUUAGUUCAAUAACACACAAAUUUUUAAUACGUGGACACACCCAGAACGAAGCUGAUGCAAUCCACAGCGUUAUCGAGAAAAGAAUUUUGUUGGCCAAGAAAUCUGGGCCCAUUU